AUGAAUCCGCCGGGGUUUCCCGCCGGCGAAGGUGCGCCUCCCCCGUCCAGAAGAGAGCUCCAACUCCAAGGCCCUCGUCCCUCCCCGCUCAGCGUCAGCAAAGAAUCUCACAAGAUCCGAAAGCCGCCGCUUCCGCCGCACCCCCACCAUCCGGCGGCGGGGCCUUCCCGGCAGCAGCAACCGCAGCCGGUGAUCAUCUAUUCUGUAUCUCCUAAGGUCAUUCACGUUCCCGUCGACGACUUCAUGAAGGUCGUGCAACGUCUCACCGGCCCGUCAUCCCCUUCCUCCAGAUCCGGAGAUGUUUCACCGGCAGCAAGGCUGGCGUCGAUUGAGAAGACGAGCCCGUCUGAGAAAGAAAGGUUUCAGAAUGGAGAUGAAAUGAUGGAUCUCUUGGAAGGUGUGGAAGUGAGCCAGUUCCACGGCAUAUUAUCGCCGACACCGGGAACUUUGCCGGGGAUAUCGUCGGAUAUGUUCUCACCGGCAGCUGAUCCAGAAACGCUCUCGUGGUUGCACGAUUUGAGCCCGUUCUGGUCAGCGAAUAGCUUCCUGGGAAGCCCAUCGGGUUUAUUUUCGACGUCCAUAGCUUCUCCGCUUCCGUCACCAGACGUCUUCAGUAUCUUUGACUGAGUUGUCCUCCUUUUUUUUGUCCUCCUUUUUUUUUCAAAGUAAAUUUUUGGGGUAAAUAAGCUUGGUUGUUGGAAAUUUGGAAUUGCAUGAAAGGCAGCAAAGAAGCUGCCAGAGGAUCUAACAUUCGCCGACUUUUGUCAGAGCCGGGUUCUUUGGUCCACAGUUAUCACGGUUAUUAUUAGUUAUUACUGACUCCUGAGUUUGUGGAUUCUAUUGAAUUAUUGAUCUCUCCCUAUGUAAUUUUGUAAUUUGCGAUUCAUAUGAUGAUGAUGAUAUUUCAGUUUUAAUUU